AUGCUGUCACCAAAAGAAGUGAUGCAAAAUACUCGCCAACGACAUCCAAACUUGGCUAUCAAAUUGGCAUCAGCGGGUCUCCUAUCAACUCGACUCACAAGCUCGGAUUUGCUGGCGGUGCAACCGCCAACUCUCGGGGGAAUCGGUCAAUUGCCCCAAACAAAGCAGCAAGAGAACGCAGUGGCUGAUCUUAAAGCAGCUAUUCUCCAGCACUCCAGUGGAAUUAAAACGACCUACACUGAGAAGAUCGGUGCUAGUAGGAAUGUCGCGUUUCGAUCGCCUUCACCAGAAAUCAUCAAUUUCUUCCUUGCCUUGGCCUUUCUCGCCAUUCGAAUCUCCUAUACCUUUUGGACGGUUUGGCCCACAUUCUCUUUCCUCACUUCCAUUCUGCUCAUAUGUUCUGGUGUUUACUUGACCGUUGAGUACGCGGCUAUCAGUCUACUGGUUCAGCUGACUGCUUGUCUCACUGUACAUGCCAACUCGACCAACAUCUAUGGGCCCCUGGUUAUGGUUCGAUUGCCUAUGCGAUUGUCUGCCUGGCAGAUGAUCAUACUAACUGUUGUUGGUUACUUCAUCACUCUCAGUAGUUACGGCGUCCUCUUUCAUUUGGGCUUAAGGCAGUUUUACAAAGCGAUCCAAAAGAAUUAUUAUACUGUGGUAAAUGUUCUUCGACUCACCAAAGGACUAACCAACACUGCAAUGGAGCUGGCAGAAACGCCAACGCUUUGCAGUGGGACACCCACGAUGGAGGAGAGUAAAGGCUGCCAAAUGUGUCACUGCUGGCCUCUGCAAGGUCGAACUCUCAUUAUCGUCGGUUUUCUUUCGCUCGUGGCCAGCACACUUAUCCGGGUACCAUGUUUAUACGAUAUUUUCCUGCUUUACUGGAAUGAAAAAGACUACCUCUGUCUCACUACAGUGGCGCUCUUUAUUUGCGUACAUCUAGCGUGGCUCAUGAUGUGGCUUGGAUUUGCAAUGAAACAGAAGUGGAACUUCCGCAUGAGCUACCCUCUGGAGAUGCCACCAUGUCUGGACCCGAACGUACAAAAUACAUUCUUGACAGAACCUGCAGUCCAGAGCCGUUUAGUUUAUACACCUAUUCAGGAGUGCAACGAAGAUGCUUCCCUGGUAUUCCCGAAUCAGAACUUUUUCUCACCCCUACAAAUCCAAAAUUCAGGUAUCUCUCUUCAUGAUGCCACCUAUCUACCUUCAGCUCAACUGCAAGCAACAUCCAACAGCCUGAAAUACCCUCCACGUACUCCAACACCACAAGAAAUGAUUGAAGGCCAGAUAAUAGCCAACAAGUUCUACGGAACCAAUAUAGCCGCCCAAUGCGUAGGUACACCGGGAGGUGAAUUGGUUCCUUUGCAGGGCCAUUAUCUCCUGGCACCGACAACACAGAAAUACGCCUCCAUACGAAGGCUGAACUCUUGGGGGCCAGAAGUCCCUAAGGAAAAGCAGAGGGUGGUUGUAAGCGUUACUGAGACCACUUUGCCGAAUCAAGUGCUACGAGGUCCUCGAACCAUCUCCUGUGAGACUGCGAGAAGUAGUGACACGCGUCCACAGUCGGUAUUGCUUCAACCAAAUGAAGAAAGCAAAGGGGUGGGAGGAGGAGAAGGAGAAGGAGAAGAAGGCAGCAUGCUUUUACAGAUGACUCCCAUUGCUUUGCAGGAGAGUGGUCGCAGUACUGCCAGUUCUGCUGAUCAGAUAUGCAGUCAAGUUUGA